AUCAGGCGUUGCAUGGUGUGUGCAUGGUGUGGAUCGUGGAAAUAAGAGGUGCCGUUGUUCGUGGACUGAAUUUUCGUGGUUUGUUUACAUUUUCCAAAUAUAAAGCGAAAGACCAAAUAAAAUGCCUUCGGACCAAAUACAGUAUUCUGAAAAGUACAACGACGAUAAAUACGAGUACAGGCACGUCAUCUUACCAGCAGACUUGGCACGUCACGUACCCAAGUCACAUCUUAUGACUGAAACGGAAUGGCGAAACUUGGGAGUACAGCAAAGCCCUGGGUGGGUUCACUACAUGAUGCAUACCCCAGAACCCCAUGUUUUACUAUUUCGACGACCAAGGGUAGAUGUGAUACUCAGCAUCCGAAAUGCUCCUAUUCAGCAACAGACAAUUACUGUUUGAUCAAGUACUAGACAUGAACUGGUCAAUUAUAAGCUUUUGUGAUACUAUGUCAUCCGAGUUGUGCUAACAUUCUUUAACUGAAAACGUGAAAUAACAAGUGUUCAUUACUAUUGUACGAGUAUAAUCUUAGUAUUAAAUGUAAGUUGAUUUUUUCAUUACCCUUACUUAUUUAUCGAAUUCAAUAUUUAUCACUGACCAUUUGUACAUUUGUAUGAAACUAUGCUUCGCUUGAAAUUUUCAA